AUGGCUGGUAGAAACGAUGCUACAAUUGUUGCUGCUUUGGAGGCUAUGGCUCAGGCUUUGGAAAAUCAGCCAAAUGCUUAUGAGAAUGUUGGAUCUCGCAGUUUGGCGACUUUCAAGAGGGAGAAUCUGCCGGUCUUCAAAGGCAGGCAUGAUCCUAAUGACGCAUUGGAAUGGUUCACUGAGUUAGCUAAGUUCUAUCUGCACUAUGAUGGAGAGGGUGAUGAGUUCUCUAAGUGCAUCAAAUUUGAGAACGGGUUACGCUCUGAGAUCAAGAAGGUUGUUAAGUAUCAGAAGAUUCUUGUUUUUCCCGAAUUGGUUGAUAGUUACAGGAUCUUUGGAAAAGAUAACAAUGCUCAUUACAAGGUUGUUACUGACAUGAGAGGCAAGAAUCAACAAAACCAUGGAAAACCGUAUGAUGUUCUAGCUGGUAGGGGUAGACAGAGAGCAGCUCUGGGUCAGAAGACUAGUGGGGGUACUGCUUCUGGUAUUGUUUGUUUCAAAUAUGGGCAAGCUGGUCACAAGAGUACUGUUUUCAAUGCCGAUGUGAAGAGAUGUUUCCGCUGUGGCAAGACUGGGCAUGCAAUAUCUGAUUACAAGCACAAAGAGAUGGUCUGUUUUAAUUGUGGCGAAGAGGGACACAUUGGAAGUCAGUGUCUGAAACCAAAGAAGGCACAAUCUAGUGGAAAAGUGUUUGCUUUGGCUGGUGAUUCAUCAGGCAAUGAGGACAGACUUAUCAGAGAGGAAGAAGUUGGUUUGGUGUCACCUAAGAAGUUGUGA